CGAGUCCGUGACAGGCUUCGUAAAUUAUUCCAAGCCCUAGAGACGGCAUAGUUUUUCUCAAUCUUCUUCAGAGUCGGAUUGUCGAAAUUUUCUUUCGAUUGAUUCUAGUUUUUGAUCGGAGUUCGUUAACCUAGCUUUUCAAUCAUGCUUCUUUCUCCGGGUCAUUCUCCCCGGCACAUCUCAUCACCAUCGCCGUCGACGGUUUCCGAGAACGUGAUCCAAAAUCCACAGAGUUCGUCUUCGAUUAUUACGCCUCAGAGCUCUAGGAAACAUCCCAAGGUUCUUGAUGAGGAUUCUUAUGUGGAAGCGAUUGAGAAGAUUAUCGAGCGUGAUUACUUUCCCGACAUUUCAAAGCUCAGAGAUCGUCUCGAUUGGCUUGAAGCGAUUAAAAGUGCAGACCCGAUUUUAAUCCGAGAUGCGCAGUUGAAGAUCAUGGAGCGUCGUGGUCAGAAGGUUAAACGUUUGAACCCUGAUGGUAAGUCUCAAACACCUGGUUCCACUUUUAUGAGAAGUUUUACUCCUUUUGAUGAAUUUGAGGGCAAAACCCCGAAAACGCCCGGCUUUGGUGGAAGUGGAAUUGCCGGUGAAACAGAGGAGGGUGGUUGUGAUGAUAAGGUGGUGGAUGAAUCGUUGUCGCUUGAUGAGUUUUUUAGGCAAUAUACGAGCGAGGAUAAUUUUAGUUUUUCAAAAAUUCUGGAGAAAGAUAAUAGGAAGAGGAAGGAGAGAUACGCUUAUUUGACGGAGGGUGAAAAGGAAUAUGUGAAGUCAAUUGAGGAUGUGAAGAGAGAUAGAAUAACUGAUGGUUAUGGAACUUCCGAUCAGCCGCCGAGUACCUUGGAAGGAUGGAAAUAUACUGCAAAAAAUUUAUUGAUGUAUCAUCCAUCCGAUAGAGGUGAGGCUCCAUUGACAGAGGAAGAAAGGGCUGUUAGAUUGAAGUGUCUAACCAAAGAAAUUAAUCGAUCAAGCACUCGGUUCCAUGGUAAAGUGAUGGAUUCAAGGCCAAAAGAAGAUGGUACAGUUGAAGUACUUUAUACCCCAGUGGCUGGAGCUACGCCACAUCCUGUGCUGGAUAGAGAUGGGGAUAGAUUGAAGAAGUAUGAUUUGGAGGAUUUGAGGAAGACCCCCAAUCCAUUUUAUGUAGAAUCAGGGAAAAAGGCUGAGAAUGGCUACAGUUUUGUCCGAACGCCGUCGCCUGCACCUGGUGUUGAUGAAUCUCCCUUUAUUACAUGGGGUGAAAUUGAAGGAACGCCCUUGAGACUAGAUCCUGAGGAGACGCCUAUUGACAUUGGUGGUUCUGUUGAUGGACCUCGUUAUAAUAUUCCAUGUCCAGCUGCUAGAGAUGAGAAGGCUCAUUCACUUUCAAGGGAGGCCGCAAGAAAGCUAAGGGAGAAAUCGAAGAUGUUUCAGAAGCCUCCGUUGCCAUCACCUGUUAGAGGGGGAAGUGCUAGCCCAAGUGUAAGGAGGACCCUUUCUCCAGCCGCCCAGAAGUUCGUUAGGAAUGCAAUAGCCAAGUCGUCAUCUUCAUUUGACGAAACCCUUCGAGCCAGUUACAGAGGUGGAAGCCCGAGUGCAGCGACACCUAAAAGCGGGAGGAGUUUGUCUAGGUUUGCAAGAGAUGGGAGCUUUGGCUCUAGGUCACCUUCUGUUAAAGAAGGUUCUAAUCCUGCUUGGUGAUGUAAUUUUUCCAAUCAAUAUAAUAUAAGUGCUUCAUGUAAGCCCUUCCUAACAA